AUGGGCGAACUCGUCAACCCUCACUGGGAUUCAAAGCUGUUCAAGCCUUUAAAGAUUGCCAAUGGCAAGAUUGAGCUAAAGCACCGGGUUGUCCACGCACCCCUCACCCGCAACCGCGGAACGCCCCUUUCCGACUCGACACCCGAGAAACCAAAUCGUGUCUGGGUCCCCAACGAGCACGUAGUCGACUACUAUUCCCAGCGAGCCACCGCCGGCGGGUUGAUCAUCUCGGAAGGCCUCCCGCCCUCGCUCGAGGGAAAUGCCAUGCCCGGUGUCCCCGGGCUGUUUCGCCAAGAGCAAGCCGCAGGGUGGAAGAAGGUAGUUGACGCCGUCCACGCCAAAGGCGGCUACAUCUACGCGCAACUAUGGCACUCGGGCCGCGCCAACAUCCCCCAACUCACCGGCACACCCAUCGUCGCGCCGUCGAGCGUGCCGUGGGACGACCCGGACGAGUACUUCCCCUACCCGCCGCCUCACACCACCGCCCCGGUCAAACUCGCCGACCACCCGCCGAUCGCGCUCACCCACGAGCACAUCACGAGAACCAUUGGCGACUUUUGCGACGCGGCCAGAACGGCCAUGGAAGUCGGCUUCGACGGCGUAGAGCUCCACGGCGGCAACGGCUACCUGCCCGAGCAGUUCCUCAGCUCCAACGCUAAUCAGCGAACGGACGAGUACGGCGGGACCCCGGAGAAGCGGUGCAAGUUUGUCAUUGACCUGAUGGACGGGCUGGCGAGGACCGUCGGCGAGGACAACCUGGCCAUUCGCCUGACGCCCUUUGGCCUGUUCAACCAGGCGCGCGGCGAGCAGAGGGUCGAGACGUGGGCUCACCUCUGUAGAGAGCUCAAGCGGCGCCUCCCGCGCCUCUCGUACGUCAGCUUCGUCGAGCCGCGGUACGAGCAGAUCUUUUCCGGGGCGGAGAAGCAGGCGUUUCUCGAUUCCUGGGGCUUGUCGCGGGUGGACUUGUCUGUGUUUAGGGGCAUUUGGGGCGACACGCCGUUCUUCUCGGCUGGUGGGUUUGACGGCGGGAACUCGUGGGGGCUGCUGGAGGCGGGACGGUACGAUGGGCUGCUGUACGGGCGGUACUUUAUAAGUAAUCCUGAUCUUGUGGCUAGACUGCGCGAGGGGCUGCCGCUGGCGCCGUAUGAUCGAUCUACGUUUUAUGGGCCGUUUGCUGAUCCUGUGGUGGGAUAUACGGAUUAUCCGGCGUAUCGGGAUGGCGCGACGUAG